GAGGAGUUGUGAAUAAUUCUGUUGAGAUCAAAGAAAGGCGGCAGGAAUGGAGAAUUAUUGGUGUUUUGAAAGAGCAAUCAGGAUGGCUUCUUCUCCAACUCUGCUCAUGCGAGUGGUGGCCUCUGCGUAUUCUGUUGCAGAAAAAGCUGCAAGAAUUGUUAGAAAUGUAAUGUCUACAGGAGAUCUGGGGAUAGUGGAAAAGACUGGAGCCAAUGACCUGCAGACCAAAGCUGAUCGAAUGGUACAAAUGAGCAUUUGUGCAUCACUGGCACGGAAGUUCCCCAAAGUGACCAUCAUAGGAGAAGAGGAACUGCCCCCCCAUGAUGUAGCUGARGAAUUGAUUGAAGACGGCCACUGUGAGGAAAUACUGAAGAAACCUUGUCCGCCGCAGUACACAGGAAUUAAAGAGGAAGAGCUUGUAAUAUGGGUUGACCCUCUGGAUGGGACCAAAGAGUACACUGAAGGUCUCCUUGACCAUGUAACAGUGCUUAUUGGAAUUGCUUAUGGAGGCAAAGCAAUAGCAGGAGUUAUCAACCAGCCGUAUUACAACUAUGAGGCAGGAGCCGAUGCUGUCCUGGGUAGGACGAUCUGGGGAGUGCUGGGCAUGGGUGCCUUCGGCUUUGAGCUCACAGAGGCACCAGCCGGGAAGCACAUCAUUGUUACCACCCGUUCUCACAGCAGUGCCCUGGUAAAUGACUGCAUUACUGCCCUGAACCCAGACACUGUCAUCAGAGUUGGAGGAGCAGGAAACAAGAUCAUCCAGCUUAUAGAAGGCAAAGCAUCUGCUUAUGUAUUUGCCAGUCCUGGGUGCAAGAAGUGGGAUACAUGUGCACCUGAAGCUAUUCUACAUGCUGUGGGAGGCAAGAUAACUGAUAUCCAUGGCAAUUCAUUCCAUUAUAACAAAGAAGUGAAACACAUGAAUUCAGCUGGGGUUCUUGCCGCUUUGAGGAACUAUGAUUAUUAUGCAAGUCGUAUUCCUAACACUGUGAAACAAKCUCUUGUGCCUUAAAGCAAGAAUGGGUCUUCACUUGUCCUGGAAAGCUGAUCAAGCAAGCUCAGAGGAAAAAGAAGAAAGAAGAUACUGAGAUUGAAAGUUUAUUUUAUACAAUCUGAGCCUGAUUCCUGCAUUAAACUGUUCAAUAAUUCCACAAUUCUAUGGAAGUUCUCUAGGUAUAUUCUUGGAUCAGUUUCUUGAGCUGUGUUCAGCAGGUACAUCGUAAUGGUGACAUUUUUCUUCAGUAGCUGUUUUCCAUAUUUUUUUGGAAGCAGGAUAUCAUUCUUCGUGUGCUAUGAUUGUACUGAAUCCACUGCUAAUCAUAAUGCAGCCAUGCAAAGGUCAUCUUGAAUGUACAGGGCACAAAAUCCUGCUAAGUCAUUCACCUGAUUUUGCUUAAUGGAUGCUUUAUGUCACAACAAAGGUUGUGUUAAAUGCAAAUAGACUGAUAAUUUUUG